CUUAGUCCGUAAUGAUAAUAAAAAAAACAUAAUUGCGAUAAGAUAACAUCUAAUCUGUCCGCCAUCAUCAAAUUUUGGUUUUCAUUCCAAAUUUAAUUGGUUUGUUUGAGGCUUGGUUGUUUUUUUCUAUAUGAAAAUUGUUUUGGAAUUAUCACGGUAAGUAGAAUUUUCAGUUUUAUUUAACGUUUAAUGAACAAUAACUGUGUGACUUGUAAAAACUAUAAACCUAUUCGGUAUAGACGUAUAGUAUUUGUGCGAUGCAUAAAUAACCAAAAAAUUUCUGGCUAUCAUUGAUUAUCUAUUGUGUCUGUGACUAAAACGGCCAACAACAGUAAGAUGUUGAUGGCCAUAUCUACACGUAAUGAAUUUCUUGUUUGUGCCAUGGAUACAUGUCUGUUUAGGCAACUUGCCUAAUAUGAUUGUAAAUUAUUACAAUUUUAAAUUUGUUUGCAUUUAUAGUUCUCUAUAUAGUACAUACCCACUUCAAUAAUAUGUUGACCGAAUUGAAAUAAAAGAAAAUGUAUACACUCCUGCAUGGAUUUUAUAAGUAUUUGACCCAAAAAGAUGAAUUUUGUGUUCUUAUACUCGGUCUUGACAAUGCUGGUAAAACGGUAAUAAUUAUAAACUUCUUAAUGAAUUAGAAGAAUAUAUAAAUUAAUAAUACAUUAAUUUACCUUUUUUAGACGUAUUUGGAAUCCUCAAAAACAAAGUUUAAAAAGAAUUAUAAGGGUAUUAAUCCUGGAAAAAUAACAACUACUGUUGGUUUGAAUAUUGGUAAUAUUGAUAUUCACCGGGUAAGCUUGAACUUUUGGGAUCUGGGAGGUCAAACUGAACUACAAUCACUUUGGGACAAGGUAAAAGCUAUAACCUACUUAAUAAUUAUUCUUGUGUAAUUAAAAAUAUGAGUAUUUUUGUGUUUAAUAUUGUUCAAUUUGUAUUUAUAGUAUUAUGCUGAAUGCCAUGCCAUUAUAUACAUAGUGGAUUCAUCUGAUCGAGAACGUAUGAAUGAAUCAAAAAAAACUUUUGGUAUGACAUUUUUGUUGAUUAUUUUAAAAUAUCAAAACAUACAUUAUAUAUUUAUAUGUUCAUUCUCAUAUUGUACUGGAACUUGAAAAAUAGUAAUCAAAUUUAUUUAUUUGUUUUCAUAUUUUUUUAUGAUUAUUUUUAUACCCUGUUACAUAGACUAUUUGGUAUUUCAUUUUCUAUGUUAUCAGAUGUAGAUGGUACAUUAUAUCUAGAUAACAAUUUACUAAACAAAUUUGGAACAGGACAUUAAUGUGUGUUAAAUAAAUUGUAGGAAUAUAUUAUGCAAUAUUUUUAACUAAUUAUAAUGUUGUCUUUUCCUUAAACUUUAUUUAGAAAAAAUGAUAUGCAACGAAAAUUUAACUAGUAUACCACUUUUAAUAUUAGCAAACAAGCAAGACAUACCGGACUGUAUGGGUGUAAGAGAAGUAAAACCUAUUUUUAAUCAGAAUGCCCAUUUGAUUGGGCGAAGAGAUUUUAUGGUUAUGCCAAUAUCUGCAUUGACUGGGUAUUUAUUUAUUUAUAUAUACCCCGUUUCAAAAGAGAAUAUACCAUUUUCGUGACCAGUUUUUGUUCAGCAGCGCACAUCCCCACUAGGUAGCACCAGUUACAACCAUAUACAUGUUAGAAACAUAAUUCCUUAACAUGUCUAUGGUUGUGACCAGUGCUACGUGGUGGAGUGCGUGCUGCCGAACGAAAACUGGUCGCAAAAGCUGUAUGUUCCCUUUUGAAACAGGGUGUAGACAUAGUAUAGUUGAAAUGUUAAAAACAAUAAAUAAUAUUAUAUGUCAUAGUGAUGGUAUUGAUGAAGGAAUUAAAUGGGUAGUAGAAUCCAUUCAAAGAAAUAUAGAAAUGCGUCCUCCAAAAAAUGCUGAAGAUUAUUAACCUGUGAUUAUAAAAUAUAAGUUAAACUUAAAAUAUUUUUAUAUUAUUUAGUUAUUAAUGUUUUUAAGUAUAUU